AUGUCUGAGCUCACUGAGGCAGAGGUUUACAACCAAGACGUGGACAUCCACACCCUUCCCAUCUACACCCGUUCCCAGCUCGCCGACUACGACGGCAUCAAAGACCCCCACAUCUAUGUGGCCAUCAGAGGCUAUAUCUACGACGUAACUGCAAACGCCAACAGCUACGGACCCGGUAAGGGAUACCACAAGUUGGUGGGCAAGGAUGUGUCACGGUUGUUGGGGCUCAAUCGGUUGGUGUUGGCUGAAACCGACGAGAAUACCUGGAAUACAGACGAUUUCGACGACAAACAGAACCAGGCGGUGGACAAUUGGGUGGCGUUCUUCCGCAAACGGUACAGAAUCAUCGGAGUGGUCGUGCACCAUCAGAGGUGA